GAACUGGCGUUGUCUCACAAAGCGCUCCGCCAGGUGACAAUUUCCCCAGAAGCUCUCGAGAAGGAUGGGUUCAAAAAAGACGCCAUCUUCGGGUUCCUGGUGGCCGAGGUGCCCCCCGCACGAAAAAGCAAAGAGGGACACACCAUUGUCGGCUACCAGUUCCACUACAUGACUUACUGCACCUGGGACGGCCCGAUUUUCUUCGGCGAAGAUCUCUACGUGAUGCCGGAAUUCAGAG